AGCGUUGCGUUUGUGCUUGAAUUCUGCUGCGCGUCCUUCGAUGCUUCUGACGUCGGUGUUUUUCUCUUGACAGUGCAGUGGUGACACCGGUGUUACAGACCUCGGUGCUGCACCUGCGCUUCUUGUCUGUCAAAAGUGGCGGUUGUUGAAUUUGAAGCAGAGAGGAAGUUUAUAAGUCUUCUUCCGUGAAACAGAAAUAGAAUGAGGAAGUUUUGGCCACUAGACUACAGCACUCACAAGCCAAAGCAGCUCAACUGGGCCCCUCUAAAGGGAUGGACAACUUGCAAGAGUCAGCCGGUGACCUGGAGGCGCAGCAGGCGUCAGUGAUGGAGCAGCCUGAUGUCCUGCCAGGAGGUGUUCAGCCAGAGCCUGUGUCUCCUCUCCUCACUGACCUCCUGAGUUUCCCAGACACACCUACGUUGUGCACCACAGAAGAAAUGUUGGAGAAGCGACUGCUGUUACUUAAAGGCAUCGUGAAGAGUGAAGAGGUCUACCUCCGAGAGCUGGAGACCCUGCUGAUGCCCAUGAAGGCUCUGCGGGCUGCAGCCGGAACCUCCAAGCCGGUUCUGUCCAGUCAUCAGGUCCAGACCGUUUUCUACCAAGUGCCGGAGCUCAGAGAGAUUCACCAGAGCUUCUAUACGGAGCUGAAGGCCCGAGUGAUCCCUCACUGUCAUGCUGAGGAAAUCCCCGCUCAGACAGCGAAGCGCACCCGCCACAGAGGCUUCGACCUGACUGUUGGGGAUCUGUUCCAGAAAGUGAUGAAGCAGAUUGGGGUGUAUGGUGGGUUCAUAGCAAAUUACAAGAAGGCUGUCGACGUGGUGAGGAAAUGCAUGCAGUCGGACCCUCUGUUUCGGACCCUGGCUGAGAGCAUGAUGUCAACCAACAGCUCUGAGAAGAGUCAGACCAAAUACACCUUUGAAGCUCUUCUCUACAAGCCUCUGGACCGGGUCACGAAGACGACUCUGGUGCUCCGUGAGCUGGUGCAGACGACGCCACCUGAACACUCGGACUACCAAAUCUGUCAGGAAGCGCUGAGAUUGUCCCGCAGCUUCCUUGUUGGGGUCAACGAGAGCUCACAGUGCAAGCGGGAGGUCAUGCUGACUCAUGACAUGAGAAGAAAGCUGGUGCGAGAUGGUUUUGUUGUGGACGCCACUGAAGCGGAACUGCGCCACCUCUUCCUGUACACUGACCUGCUGCUGUGCACCAAAUACAAAGCUGCAGCCAAAGGGAAGCAGGACCAGUACAGGUUCAGCUGGUACCUUCCUCUGGCUGGACUCAAACUUCGCUGGGAUUCCAACCAGCAGCAGUCACAUGACGUGGUGAUGCGCCUGGACUCAGUCAGGAGCAAGACGUUCCUGCUCCGGCAGCAGCUGCAGCAGCAGACGGCGUCCAAAUGUGUUGCUGCUCGCAACAGGAAGAAACUGGAGCAGCUGGAGCUGAUGAUGUUCAUACUGUCUCCGGUUCACAGGCUGGAACUGCACAGUCCCAGCGGAAAGAGUCGCACACUUCUGCUCUCCUCCUUGACUGAGCUGGAAGAAUGGAGGGAAAGUAUUCGCAAGCUCACCAAAGAUGUCGUAGAAACUCUCCCCCCGGACCUGCUCACCAUGACCAGCGCGUGUGUGAAGCUCAGAAUGGCCCAGCAGCCCCCACUUGUCUGCACCAGAGUGGGAACCACGGGUAUGUGCGGGACCCUGAGUGUGAUGAUCCACUUUGCCAGUGGGCUUCAGGAAGCGGCCAGUGUGUAUUUAUUUGUGGAGGUGGACGGAUAUGGCUUCUAUGAUCAACAUGCCAAGACUCACUCUUCAGCCCGCAGCCUCAGUCCUCACUGGGAGCAGGAGUUGAGCUUCCAGAUGGACGAGGCGCAGAAUCUCCAACUGCUCUGCGUCAGUCACUGUCAUGGAUGUGAAGACACGAUCUUGGGAAGAGCAACAUUGAAGUUAAAUUCAUCAGCUGUGAGUCCAAGAUGGAGAAGACAAACACUGACCUUGAACAAAGUGGAUGUGACCUUCUCCCUCAAGUACACUCCACACCAGCUUGAUCCACCUGGUACCAGCACGCAACAGCAUCCUGUCUUCUGCUUCCCCUUGGAGAUUGUGACCCAACAUGAAGGGGUGCUGGUCCCCCACGUGGUGCGCUGCUGCGUGGAGGAGGUGGAGAGGCGAGGUCUGGAUGAGGAGGGUAUCUACCGCAUCUCGGGUAAUGCCAGCGAGAUCAACAGUCUCAGAGGUUUCUUCAACACCAAUCUGCGCGAUGCCCUGACCAGGAUGAAGAGCGUUGAAAUAAACGUGGUGUCCGGCACCCUAAAGCUGUACUUCAGAGAGCUGCCAGAACCUCUGGUACCACCUGAGCUUUUCCACAGUCUGAGCCAGGCCCUGGAGGAGAAAGAGUCACACUCUCGCCUGGACGCAAUGUUGUCGCUCCUGCAGUCGUGUCCUGAACCCAACAGACACACCUUCCUCUUCCUUCUUCACCACCUCCAGCGCGUGUCUGAGAGACAGGAGGUGAACAAAAUGUCUGCACUAAACCUAGCUACAGUGUUUGGGCCGAGCCUUUUGCGCCCCAUGGUGGUUGGAGGAGAACACGACGACAUCUCGCAGGCUGUGGCAGCGCAGGUUCAAGUGAUCUACUACUACCUGCAGUGCGACUGCCUCCCUGAAGCCCAGAUCUCUGUGUUACAUGACACUGACGUUGAAGAUGAGACCACCCAGAUGUGAGACCACCAUCGGUGUUCUGCUGACCUGGCAGAGUCGGUCGUACGGGAGGCCAAUGUUCUGUGUUGGACAAUAAAAAAAUGUAUUUAUUAAUAAAGGUAAGGAC